CUCUUGAACUUUCUCCGGCGUUGAAAAUGACGAUAUUACCCUUUUUCGCUGCCGUCGUCGUCCUCCAGUUCUUCUAUAGUCUCACGGUGGCGGAGAUUAAGUCUCUGACUAUCUCCAACGAUUCUCGGCCAGUAAUUCUCUUGGAGAAAUUCGGUAUUAUUGAGAUUGGUCAUGUAACCGUCUCUGUUUCCUCUGUUUCAGUAUCGUCUCCUUCAUCUUCUCCGAUUCCAGACUCGUCGAAAUUAGGGUUCUUUGUUCUAUCAGAAGAAUCUCUUCCUGAGGUACUCCUCGAGCUCCAGAAAAACUUUAGCUUCUGCGUUCUUGAUUCACACUACAUACUCCAUUUCUUCACCUUCAUCGAUCUCUCUCCUCCUCCUCGCUCUCAGUUCAAUAAAUCUUAUCCGAUAACGUCUCCAAACGAUUACUCUCUGUUUUUCGCUAAUUGCGUACCAGAAACUAGGGUUUCGAUGAAUGUCCGAGCAGAGAUUUAUCACAACCUAGAUCCAAACGGGUCAAGAGAUUACUUACUAGCCGGGUCAACCCAGUUACCCGGUUUGUAUCUCGUCUUCUCUCUCUGUUACUUGAGUUUCCUCUGUUUCUGGUUCUGUUUCUGCUGGAACAAUAAGCAAAUUGUUAAAAGGAUUCACCUUUUAAUGACGGUUCUGCUUCUAGUGAAAUCUCUGACUCUGAUUUGUGCUGCUAUGUAUAAACAUUACGUGAAAGUCACAGGCACAGCUCAUGGCUGGAACAUUGUUUUCUACAUUUUCCAUUUCAUUACUGGACCGUACACUCAAGAUUGGGUGAUUUGGAACCAGAUCUUCUUGCUUGCUGAUAUAACUUGCUGUUGUGCGAUUGUAUUCGCAAUGGUUUGGUCGAUGUGUUGUCUACGAGAGACAUCGGAAACCGAUGGGAAAGCGGUAAAGAACUUAGCCAAGUUACCAGUUUUUAGGAAAUUCUACGUUUUGGUCAUUGGAUAUUUGUUCUUCACAAGGAUCGUUGUGGUUGUUAUGAAGAUGAAAGCAGAUUUUAGGUCUCAGUGGGUGAGCAAUGCAUCUGAGGAAAUUGCAACUCUUGCGUUUUAUAGUUUGAUGUUUUACAUGUUUAGGCCAAUGGAGAAGAAUGAGUAUAAUGAUGUUGAUGGUGAAGAAGAAACUGCAUAGCUUUCCUCAAGGAACAAGAGUUUGGGAUCUGAAACAAUUUAAGACCAAACUGUUUUUUCUUUGUGUGUUUUAUUUAGUUCUACACUUGUAAUAAAGAUGGUGAUGGUGA